UUUGUUUGAAAUAAAAAUGGCGGAUGAAAUGAGAUUGUAGAGAGUGUGUUAUCUUUAGUGUCGCGUGUUACAUUUUUCUGCUAUAGCGCCUGAUAUCAAUAUGCAUAUUAAUAUAAUUGAUGGACAAUUUGUUUAAAUGUCUGCAACGAUUUUUGUGAAUUUUUAUAUAAUUUAUUAAUGUACAACGAGGAACAUUAUAUAGGAAGUUAAAUUAUUUACAUAACAGAUUUUCACACUUAAAAGAUGUUUUUCAAGAAAAUUUUAAUGCCCUGUGGAUUAUGUGCGGCAAUACCUGCAAUAAAUACAACUUCAUCAGGAGAUAGCAUGUUACCUCACAGUAAAGAAGCAAGUGUCAAGAAACUAAUUCGACCAUCCGAACUGCCCAUUUAUCCUCUUGAAGAUGACUAUGCUAAGCAGAUCUCAUGUACAGACUGUCCUCCUUCGUUGUUAGAACAGAAUAUAUCCAAAGUUCGCAAAUCUAUUCAGGCAGCUGCAUCAGAAUAUCAACAUUCUGCUGACGUUAUCAUGGAUACUGUUGAUACCAGCUUUGAACAUAGCAGAUCUCUUUUGGAUUAUGUCCGUGAAGAAAGUAACGUAAUUCCACGUAUGGGUGCUAUUGGUAUCGGUGGAUUGGCUGGAUUAAUAUUUGGUCUUAGGGGACGCUCAUUUAAGCGACUCGUAUAUUCUAGCACUGGUGCUCUCACCAUGGCAGCUUUAUGUUAUCCGAAAAAGGCAGAAGAAGGAUUUGAUCUAGUAAAACACUACACGAAUGUUGGAUAUAACUUCAUCUAUGGUGUCAAACCAGAUGACAAACAACAGCAGAAAAUCAUGAUGGUGUUCCCGUCAUCUUUCUCCGAAUUUGUAGACUUAAUAAUUGUCACAGGUUCGGCAGUAGCUAAUGCUGUUGAGGGUUUUGCACAGAAUACAUAUGCAUCUUUAAGUAAUAAGGAGAGAAAUCAGCCGAUUCCCGAGACAAAAGCUAAAACGGAAGCAGAUGUGAAACCAAAUUAAGUAAUUUAUGAUGAGGCUUGUACGUUGUAGCAAAGAGAAAUGUAUGAAAAUUUCAUCGUAGAGCGAAGGAAAGAAGUUACGAUUUAACCUACUAAAUACAUUAUAUACGCUUAGUGAGUAAAUUAUAAAGUAAUAAAUUAUAUGUUCCGAUG